AUGGCAGAGCUGGCACUGGCUAUUAUUCCUCUGGGAAUAACAGUUACAUCUGGUCUCGUCAAAUAUCUGAAAGCCUUCAACGAUCACGAUGACGACCGUACUCGGCUUGUGCGCCAGGCUGAGCGCUUUUCAAGCACUUUUCAAUCCCUUGAAGCCGUUUUGAAACGCUCUCGAUCGAAUCCAGAACUUUCUCUGUCGGUAUCAGAGGCUUCUGGCUGUCUUGGAGAAUGCCAAAAGGCAUUACAAGAACUGGACACUCUUCAACAUAAGAUCUUUGCCACCGCUGCCAACGCUGCACCGACGACUCACCACGCGCAUACAAAGGCAAAGAUCAAAGAUGGAUAUAAGAAGCUUAUAUAUCCGCUACUAAAGUCCGACAUCGGAGUUCUAGGAGAAGCUCUGAAUGGGCUUUCAACAACGCUGGAUCUAGUUUUAGGGAUACUUCACCUUGACGAACAAUCUUUGACAAGAGAGAUUCUGAAUCAGCAAAUGGCCGAUAUUCAGAGAAAUACAAUCAUCAACUCCAAUACCUCGACCGCUAUCGAAGAACUGCGCCAGCCUAUUUCGCAAAUAGAUUUGGCCCUCCCAGUUCUCCAGACUUCCCUGGAUUCCGUUAUUCCCCAUUUUAACGAUAGGUUUGACCAGAUCUCCUACCAGAUUUCUUACCAGCAUGCCCAGAUGCAAGCUCAAAUCCAGGCACUUCUCGAUACGUCCGAACCUGCCAGAUAUCAGGAUCUUCCGGCCACAAGCCCAAAGCGUUUAUACGAUCGCUCUGAAGGACAGAACAACUAUUUUUCGGCCUUUGAGAUAGAUCAGGAAACUUCUGCGUUUGCCAAAAGAGCUGAUUCUGUAUCUGUGUGUUCUUGCCUGUCACGACGCAUGCGUCAGCGCAAGAGGGCGGCAAUACAUCGCGUGGCCCCUGGGACCUUUGUUCCCGCCUCUAUCUACCGCCAACUGAACGCUGAGUAUGAAACAUCAGCUCCCAGCUAUACGUACCUUUCAUAUCUGCAUGAUAGGCGUGGACUCUUUGAUUAUCACUAUCUCAACCAGAGCGUGGCAAGUAGCUUACUGUAUGGGCCAGUUCACUACGGUCCUCUAGGCUUAGCAAUUAUCCGAAACAAUUUACAAGAAGUCGAGCGAAUCAUCUCCUUGCAUCCGAAUAUUCUAAAGGAGGUAAGCUACUAUAAGGAAACGCCGUUACAUAUAGCCAUUUACAGGCUAGAUAUCUUGAAAGUGCUGGCGAAACAAGCGAAUCCUGAAGAUUGGAUUCAAUGCAGCCUCGAUGGCGUGACUGUUCUUAGUCUUGCAAUGCAACUCAGCCGCGAGAUUUGUAACUCGGGGGAGAUUUCAGAUGAAUCAUCUUGUAUGUGCACAUUACCGCUUCGGAUCAUUUUAGCCGCUGGAUGCCCCAUCAUCCCUUACCGCGAUUUUCGUCGUUUGAAGGGUUCAUUUUCCCCAGAAGAAUACUUCUUCAAAGCUUUCCCUCACUGCAAAAUACUUCUGUCAAAGGAGCUGCGAUGUCGCCGUCGCCAGCUUCGUGACCUGGCCAAAAACAAUUUGUCAAUCACCGAGUUCAGCAACUUUACAACUCUGGAGGAAGUGCCCGACACUGAAGCUAUCGACAUGGAUAGGUUGCUUCGUCAAAAAGGGAUCCUUAGUCUGGGACUCCUCUCGACUUUCGUUGAUUUGCCUCAGCAGCAUGUCAGGUUCUAUUCUAGGUCCAUAUUCCUCGACCUCACAAGCCCUGGAGAUGCAGAUCUCUUCAUUGACUCCGGCUUCAAGAUAAUCGACUUUGAUCAAGAUCAUGACUCUUCAUUGGAUAGAGCGCUUUUGGCCAGAGUUUUCCCAAAAAUGCGUUUCAUUUCACUAGAUUACGCAAUAUGGCUUUUCGAACAUCAUGCCCCUUUAUGGAAAUGGAGCUACAGGUUCACGAGUCCGAUGCCCUCCGCUUUCGUUCUUGCCGACAUUCUCGGUAUACAAGACUACAAAUAUCUUAUCCAAGAUAAAACAAGUGAAAAGGCAGAAAAGUAUCUGGGCGAAUCGGUUUUAGUCGAUAACUGCACUUGUUUAUGUUCACCUGAUGGCUGUACCCCUUUUGCCUUAAGAAUGAAGUGGCUGGCAAAUCCCCAUCACAAGACUCAAGACCAUACACCUCAGGAUAUUGCAAAGGAUUUCGGUUGUUAUGUAGAGACAUAUGGCAAAGACCUGGAUAUUGACCAACACGUCAUCAUGGUGCAACAAGCAACAUUUGCUGCACUAGAACUAAGACAUACGUGUUUGGACAGGCCUGCGUAUAAUGAUUGGCCGAGCAGACCUGAGUGGAUUUACUGGCUGGACUCGGUGACAGAACUAGAGCCAGAUGAGAUGGAGUUUGAGUUUCUUAAUGUAGACGUGGAGGCAAGGAAUCAGUUGGAGGAGGUAGUUGUCAUGUUUCAAGACUUUGUGCUAACUGGAGACCAAACGACCAUUUCAGCCAAGGCUGACAGUUCAGUAUCUAAUGAGUUGAGUGUCGUUGGCAUAGCCGACCUCUACUACCGGCGGGUUUUGGAAUUCUGGCAGCACAUCUGGGCAAAUAGGAUCCAGGAUGCUCUGGAUGCUGUAGCCAAAGGAUGGGACGACAGGUUUGACGGAAUGAAUGAUCUUGUGCGAAUUUCGACUUGCGAGGAGACAGUACAAGAAGCAAGAGACAGCCUCGAGGAGGGUGAUGAUGAUGAGAUUUUCAACAGGAUUAUACAACAGAUGCAGGAUAUAUAG